CGGACUCCUCCUCGGCAAUCAACGCGGCCAUCCUCCCCAGGACCAUGGAGGUCCCCUGCGCCCGCGGGCAGCGCAUGUGGCGGGCCUUCCUGGCCUCGUCCAUGGUCCCCUUUUUCUUCUCCUGCUCUGGAGGACCCUCAAGUACCUGGGGACCGUCUGCUGCCACUGUGGGGGCAAGGAGAAGAAAUGAAGGAUCAGCUGUGAAUGUAUUCACCCAUACUGGUACAGAACACAGGGUGAAGUUUUCUACUGAAAAUGGGUCUUUGUCCCAGUUUGGGGCGCGGUGGCACCAAAGCUACAGCAACGUGUUCAGGGAGAGGUAAAUUGGUAUAUUUCUUUGAUGACGAGUCACAGCAGGAACUUGAUCCACCGUGUGUGCAUGUUCUCCAUCCACCUGCACAACCUGCAGAACAGACCUCCACUCAGUUAAGUAGAAAAGCUGGUUCAGAAACCAGACCUUCAGGUACAACGGAUAAACCAUCAUCACCACCCCCUGCAGUCACCGAUGUAAGGCAGAUGAAUGAGAAACCGGAGACCAUUUUGUUUCAGCCAUGCCAGGAGCAGGAUGAGUUGAGGAAGUGUCUUGCACUGUCGUCUCCUGGGUCAACCUUUGAUGAGUGCAGGUCAUGCUCAUCUGAAAUCUAUCCUGGUGGGCCGCCUAGCCACAAGCCAACCCAUGACUAUGAAAGGCUGAAGAUUCAGUGCAUGAAGACAAUGCCCGAUCUGCAGUCUCUACAGAACCAACACACCAAAGCGCUAAAAAGAUGUGAAGAAUCAGCUAAGGAGGCUGAUUUCUAUCAUACACUGCACAGUUGUCUGCUGAGUGAUCAGUCGCAGGUGGAGGAGGACAUGGACACUUUGAAGCGGAAGAACAACCAGUUGGUACGAGAGCGCGAUCACCUCCAGCAGUCAUGUGAGGAAAUGAAGAGACUUCAUGAUGAGGAUCUGAAGGACAUAACAGACCUGCGCAGUCAGCUGCAGCAGGUAAUGAAGCAGAAUGGGUCGUCGCAGACACUCAAUAAACCCUACAAGAAAGCAAUGGGCAAGCUGGAGGGCGUGAAGAAGGAUUACGAUGCACUGAGGAAGCGGUACAAUGAGAAGAUAGCGAGCUACAAUACUGAUCUGAGCCGCUUAGAGCAGAAGGAAGGUGAAAACAGGCGACUCCAGAAGCAGAUUGACAAGCUGAACAGAAGGUUUGGGACCGUGCAGCAGGAACUGAGCAAGGCCACUGCCCAAAACAAGGAGCUACAGAGAGAGAUGGAGCAGAUGCAGGCAGAAGUGACAAGGUUUAAGACAAUGCAGCUGAAAGCAGUGAAGGAUGCAGAGAAGUACAAGGAAGAGAGGGACGCCGUUUUCACCGAGUAUUGUCUCAUCAUGAGCGAGAGGGAUGAAGUCCUCAAUGAAAUGGAUAGGCUGGAUACAGAGUUGGAACUUGCCGAAUCCAAAUUGAAAAACAUGUCCUCAGAGAAAAGAGUGGCUAGUGGGGAAAUGGAAGCCUUAAGACAGGAGCUGAACUCGGUGAAGGAAGAGAGAGGUGUGGCUAGGAAGAACAAAACGGAAGCCAUUAUCCAGGUUCUUCUGAUGCAUAUGUGCAGUGCUCUGUGGUUAAUAGGCCUGAGCCUUUGAGCCCCGAGAAGGAGUCCCAGCCACCUCCUCCUUCUCCUCACCUUUACCUGAGGGUCUCCCCGCCCUGCCGCCGUUGUUUUCUGGCCAAGCCCUUUGGAGAGGAGGAAGAGGACCCACACCGCCGCCACCAGCGGCAUCUGCCAUGCAGUCUACUUCUGCAAAGUGGCUGAAGGGACUACGUCUUUAUUGAAUUUUGUGUUGAGGAUGUUAAUGUAAAUUUUGAGAAAUCCAAACUUUUGUUCAGUUGUCUUGGAGGAAACGAUAACUUCAAGCAUUUAAAUGAAAUUGAUCUUUAUAAUUCAAUUGAUCCAAAUGAAUCCAAGCAGAAAAGAACAGACAAAUCUGUCUAAUGUUGUUUGUGAAAAGGAGAAAAAGGUGUCUUCAGGGUAUGUUCCACUAAUUUUUAAUGCUCUUCAUUUUGUUGUUUUUAAUCACUAGUUAGUAUUCAAGAUAUCCUAGUUAAAACUAGCUAUUCCUUUUGAAACUUAAAAUGAGUAAAGCCUAUACAUUUGUUUGUUUGAUCCUCAAAGCUCUUACAUCUCACUAGGGCUGGAUUAGAGCCUAGAGGUUGUUGCUUGUCAAUCUGUACAUUUAGACCAAAUUGUAUUUGCACUGUUAGUAUGAAAGCGAGUGACAAAAUGUUAAUACACUAUAUGAUCUUCUUUUGGGUGUGUUUGUUGUUGUUUUUUGACCAGUUUGUGUUCAAAGCAGUGGUGAUUUUUUUAAUGUCUACAUUAUUUCUAAUAAACUGUUGAAGACUCUAUGGCUGUCAACUGGCUGGCUGGCUGGCUGUAACCUCAUGUAUUCUUAUUAUUUGUUGUAAUGGAAUACUUAAUUUCUAGUUGGAAUAAAAGUGGGGGAUUAUUUCAUCUGUUUGAAGGAGGAAAAUUAUAAUAUUCCCAAGCAAGUUUUUUUUUUUUUAAAGGAUCUGUAAGUUGUGGGUACACUGACAGUUUAAA